UAACUCUGGGUCAGAGAGUGAGCAUGAAUAGUGUAUUCCAUAGGGUUCCGCCGAAAGUGACGCGACCAUGACUUUCUCGCAAGACCUGGACCGGUACAAAUGGCGUACCGGAAAAGUUUGCAGAUCGCAGCUCCCCAAGUGGGUGGGUGGGUUGAUAUUUCAUCAAGAACGGGAAGUGGGUGAAGUGGCAAGGGGUCUGGGUAACAGGUCGGAAAGCUACGGAUCUUACCGGCAGGAAGGUGUGGGCAUCCGAAAAGGACCCCUGUCGGCGAUCCCUGCUGGUUGA